UAGAACCCGAACCAGUGAAACAUACGGACUCAAGAACCAGAAAAAUGAUCUAGGAUAUAUAAUAGGACAUAAAUUAAACACAAAUUUGGACGUUUUUAAUCAGGGCUGAAACGUCCUCUUUUCUCAACAAGAAAAUCCACUAAAACACGGAUGAAAUCCUGGAACCUGGGCCUGUAAGCUAAGGAUUCUAAACCCUAGAGAAAGCUCUUGAGCCAGACUGCAAGGUUGGAGAAAAUGCCGGAUUCCUUGGAACCUGCUCCGUCUUUAGAAACUGGAAGGAAGAAAGGAUUCAGUUCUCUGGAUCUAUUUGCAGACUGCAGUGGACCCUCCUGGGACCCGGAGAAUGAAGAUUCAUCCUGCAACCCUUCUCCUUCAUUCUUUACCUCCCAAUCUUCAGCUCUUCCUCCUCCAUCAUCUCCUUCUCCAUCCUGCAUUCAACCUCUUCAUCCCGAUCCAUCAUUAGAUCUUCCUUGUCCUCCGUCAACUACUCCGUCUACCCCCCCGUCAUCUCCGGUUCAAGUUUCUCCGGAGGAUUCUCCGCCGUCCUUGGCUAAACUAAUUCUUGACGGAGAAAACAAUGGUUUAAGAUCUCUCAACCCUGAUCCAGUAUCCUUUCUCAGUCUUCCUCAUCCUUUCAUCCGUCCUAACUCAAGGUUCAGCUCAAAGCGAAGUCUUAGUCCUGAUUUUCUCCGGGAGUGCAAAACAGCACGGCCUAAUUUCAAGGAUGGAAUUAAAUCUGAAAUCUGUGAUAUCUCAAGAAGUGAUAAAAGAACCGGAACUGCUCCGGGUACCCCUUACAACAGGCCGAGUACGAGGAAGGAAGGGUUCAGCCUGGAAUCUAAACAUCCUUGCCCAAACAAUCUCGGAUACUAUGAAUGCUGUGCUAACCUGCCUGGAUCUACGAUUCUCCAACACUGGUUGGAAUCUCCUUCCCGGAGAACCAUCCCAACUCUUCCGUCCCAGGUUCAGGUUGCUCUCUCUGACCCCAACCCUCUCCAUAGACUAGAGAACAUGGUCAGGGAUGGGUUUAGGCUGGAUCAGAAGGACGGAGAAGGUCGUACAACACUUCAUCUCGUGAUAUCUGAGCCCAACCUUCUCCACCGAGUUCAGGUUGCUACCUGGAUACUACAAAACGGAGGAGAUGUAGGCUCCUGUGAUAGAAACCAGGAUACUCCGUUAACUCUGAUCAACACUAUGCUGGAGAGACAUGAUUUCUCUAUAGCUCUCCGUCUUGUUGAAGUUUUAUUAGAGCACGGAGCUGAUGUAAACCACAUGAAUAAGACAGGAUGGACAGCCCUCUCCUAUACUGUUAAAUAUCUAGAUUCAGGAAUCAAUAUCUCCAGGCUUCUCAUUAACUCCGGAGCCAGGAUAUUUCCUGAAGUUAGCACGGAGCGGAACAAAAUAUUUGGAGUAUUUCUUCGCUCUGUGCUGCUCCAACAGAGCCUGGAAAACGCCGGAAACCUUCUCCAAUUACUCGCAAUCUCUGCGAGCACCAGUCCUCAGCGUUUAAGAACUCUGGUUUACACAGAGCUAGUCUCCGAGUUCAGAUUUCCAAACUCCGGAGUUCCUGAUCUGCUCUUGGAGAUCUGCCGUAUAUUGGAGGACUAUUGGAGAACUCCUCUCCCUCUUACAACCCUGAGUGCUAACCAGGCUAGGGCAAGUAUUGGAGCAGGACGGAUAAACUCCAGAACCUUCAAUAAAUUGAAUCUUCCAGGACUACUACAGGACUACCUCAGCUUGGAGAAACUGCCAGAUAUGAUGCCAAAGACUAUACAUGACAAGACUGCUCUUACUAUCCAGAUCUCAGGAGGUUUCUUGCUCAAUUCUACUUCUCACCUUCAAUCCUUUACCCAGAGAGGAGAACCAGAAAAAUCAAUGAAAUCUUUAUAAUAAAUAUUUGAAAAAA